UUCUUCCUCCGCUCAUUCUCUUGCAACACAACAUCAUUAGCUCCUCCUACUAUCUACCUCUCCUGCGUUCUUGUCUCAGCGCUGUAUCAGCUCCUACAAGGCUACAUCGCUGCUUCUAACUUCUUCGUCUAUGUGUAAGGGACAGAGAGCAACUAAGAAGGGUAGCGUGAAAGUGCAGGAAGAGUGUGCGUCCGUUUGAUCGAAUGGCUUCUUCAAAGCUUCAAGCCUUCUGGAACCACCCUGCUGGCCCCAAAACCAUUCAUUUUUGGGCUCCAACAUUUAAAUGGGGGAUCAGCAUUGCAAACGUUGCCGACUUUGCUAAGCCUCAUGAAAAGAUAUCCUAUCCUCAGCAAGCUGGUAUGUUCAAAGUUAUCCAGUCAGUCUUGCAACAGCCUCAUUACAGACAACAUGCCAUUAGUUUAGCGGCUAUCUAUUCUCGUGUGCUGCUCACAUGCUUCAUAUUGUCUACAGUUAUUGCUUGCACUGGAAUCAUCUGGUCACGCUACAGCAUGGUUAUCACACCGAAAAACUGGAACCUUUUCAGCGUUAGCGUUGCAAUGUCUGGUACAGGCCUAUACCAGCUUUCUCGUAAAAUAAGGAAAGACUACUUCUCGGAUGAUGAAAAGGAGGCCACUGCUGCAUCACUCGAACUGGAAGCAGCAAUGGCGACUGACUCGACUUAAUAAUCGACUGGACAGCCUGCCUACUGCCUUGGAGUCGGUUUCAUAUUCACUCUGGUCCAUGGAACCCCAACAUUUCUUUGCAUGUCAAAAUGUAUUUGUUUCGCACUGGACCGCGCUCGUGGGCAUGCAAGCCGAGUAGCGUGAAAAAUCCAUGCAGCUUUUAAUAUUCGUGUGCGCAACAUUAUAUCAUGUGCAAAAAAAAGGAUAUACAUAUUAAAUACACGAACCACCUCGAUGUCUUGUAUCUUGUGAUCCAAUAUGUUG